UUCAAAGAACGAAUUUGUUGGUGCUCUAGGAGCACGUGUUCAUUGGUGUUCAUUGUUAAAUGCUUGUUUUAUAAACGUAUUUUCGAAACAAUAAUGGGAAAAGGACGAAAACAUACGCCGAAAAAGAAUUUCGCUGAGAAGCGCCGUGAAAAACAAAAGGAAAAAGACAAGUGGCAUCAUACACCUCACCACAGCUAUGCAGACAUUGUUAGAGAAAAUAAGGAGUUUGAAAAUUAUUAUAAAACUCAGGGGAUUGUACCUGAUGACCAGUGGGAAUCAUUUAUAAAUACAAUGAGAAAGAAUCUUCCAGUAGCCUUUAGGAUUACUGGAUCAAAAUCAGAAGCUAAAAGACUACUUGAGACUAUUAAAGGAGAUUUCUUUAAAAAAGUCUUGAAUACACGUCUAGAAAAUGAUUCAGAAAAUAGUGAGGAAGCAAAGGAGAUAUUACACUGCCUGCCAUUUUAUCCUGAUGGCUUAGCUUGGCAAUUACAAUUAACCAGAAAAGAUAUUAGGAGAUCUAAAGCUUACUUUAGAUUACAUAAUUUUUUAGUUGUUGAAACAGACAGUGGAAGCAUCAGUAGGCAAGAGGUGGUUAGCAUGGUACCACCUUUAGUAUUAGAUGUAAAACCUUCACACAAGGUUUUAGAUAUGUGUGCUGCUCCUGGCUCAAAGACUGCACAGCUAAUAGAAAUGAUACAUUCCGAAGAAGGAACUGCACUCCCAGAGGGUUUUGUAAUAGCCAAUGACUUGGACAAUAAUCGUUGUUACAUGCUUGUACAUCAAGCAAAGAGACUCAAUAGCCCAGUUAUUUUAAUUACAAACCAUGAUGCCUCUGUAUUGCCCAAUUUCACUUUUACAAAAGCAGAUGGUACACAGAAUCCAUUACGAUUUGAUAGAAUUCUUGCUGAUGUACCAUGUAGUGGAGAUGGUACAAUGAGAAAAAAUCCAGACAUUUGGUGCAAGUGGAGUCCUGCAAAUGGCAACAAUCUUCAUGGAAUCCAGUAUAGGAUAGCAAGGAGGGGUUUGGAGCUACUAGCUGUUGGUGGUAGAAUGGUGUAUUCUACUUGUUCAUUAAAUCCAAUAGAAAAUGAAGCUGUGCUUCACAGACUUCUUCUUGAAACUGGAGACUCUGUAAAGAUAGUUGAUGGCAGAGAUUUAGUUCCUGGAUUAGUGUGUGAUCCAGGUGUGUCGCAUUGGUUACCGGCAUCCAAGGAAUUGCAGUAUUAUAAAACGUGGGAAGAUGUGCCCGAACAGUGGCAAACACAAGUUCGGCCGAAAAUGUUCCCACCAAAACCCGAGGACGCUUCUAAGUUUCAUUUCGAACGAUGUAUGAGGAUAUUACCACACCACCAAGAUACCGGAGGUUUUUUCGUGGCCGUUUUAGAGAAGAUAAAACCAUUACCUUGGGAAUCUUGUCAAGAUAAUUCUGAUGCCAAAGAAGGCACGAAAGAAUUAAAUAUAAAGGAAGAAGCAGAGAAAGAAUUAAAUAUAGAGGAAGAAGCAGAGAAAGAUAAAGAUAACAGUGCAGCCUUAAGGAAGAGAGCAUUAGAUGAUGAGAAUAAAUCACGGGGGCCGAGAAGAAAACGUAGGAGAGUUAAGGGUUUUAGAGAAGAUCCAUUCGUCUUCUUCAAAGAUGAUCAGGAAGACGUCUGGUUGUCUAUUAAAAAAUUUUACGAUAUAUCCGAUGAAUUGGAUCCUAAAUGUUUGUUGGUUCGAAAUUUAGGUAGAAAGAAAAAAAACAUCUAUUACACAUCGCCCGAAAUUCGCAAUGUCGUUCUUUCCAAUGAAGAUCAAAUAAAAUUGAUAAAUACGGGUGUAAAAUCAUUUGUACGAUGUGAUUACAAAACCACGAGCAAAAAUAUGAAUAUUCCAUUUAGACUUGCAUGGGAGGGACUGCAAACUCUUAUUAAUUAUAUUGGCGAUGGUAGGAGGGUUUGGUUGAAUAAAGAUGAUCUAAUAACACUAUUACAAAAUAAUAAUCCUAUGGCACCACCUGAGAUUGUUAAACUUCAUCCUGAUGCACAGGAACGUUUAAAGAAUCUUGGGACUGGUAGUUGUGUACUUGUUUAUGAAGAAAAAGCGACUGAAAAUCCAAAUCCAUUGAAAUUACAAAUAGUAGGUUGGAGGGGUACAAUGUCCCUGAGAGCUUACGUUCCGGUGAUAGAUGCGAUACAUUACUUACGUUUAUUAGGAGCUGAUUGUUCAAAAUUCGAAAAAAAUAAAUUUAAAGAGAAUCGUGAAUCUGCUGCUGAAGAAAUAGAUAAUGGCGAAGUUAUCGACAAAUCGGAAACAGUUGAUAAACCGGAAGAUACUAAUAAAACCGAAUCUACUGAUGAACCAAAAGCUACUGAUGAAACAGAAUCUACUAAUGUACCAGAAGCUACUGAUCAAUCAAAAGCUACCAAUGAACCAAAAACCGGUGAAAAUGACGUUACUGAAAAGGUGGACACUUCAAAAGAAGCUGAUGAACUAAAAAUAUGUAACGAAUCGAAAGAAUAA